GUGCGCAGCGUGCGCAGCGUCAUGCGGAUGACAUCAUGACGUUCACCCCGACGCGGAAGCAGACACGUGAGACGCUGGAGUCUGUCCAUGCUGGUGUACUGACAGAGCGAAGAGGGCCCGAUCACUUAUAAAGCAGCCUGUGAGAUUCGAGGACAUUCUGAACCAUGGCAGUCCGUGCUUCCUUUGAGAAUAACAAUGAAAUUGGCUGUUUCGCCAAACUGACCAACACAUACUGUCUCGUAGCUGUCGGGGGUUCAGAAAACUUCUACAGCGUCUUUGAAGGGGAGCUGUCAGAAACUAUACCUGUGGUGCACGCCUCCAUAGCGGGAUGCAGAAUCAUUGGAAGAAUGUGUGUUGGGAAUCGUCACGGGCUGCUGGUUCCAAACAACACGACGGACCAGGAGCUGCAGCACAUCCGGAACUGCCUUCCAGAGUCUGUGAAGAUCCAGAGAGUGGAGGAGAGGCUGUCCGCCCUCGGGAACGUCAUCGCCUGCAAUGACUACGUGGCUCUAGUGCAUCCCGACCUGGACAGGGAGACAGAGGAGAUUUUAGCAGACAUCCUGAAAGUGGAGGUGUUCCGUCAGACUGUGGCGGAGCAGGUGCUGGUGGGCAGUUACUGUGCUUUCAGCAACCAGGGGGGGCUGGUGCACCCCAAGACUUCCAUCGAAGACCAGGACGAGCUCUCCUCCCUGCUGCAAGUGCCCUUGGUGGCAGGUACGGUGAACAGGGGCAGCGAAGUGAUCGCGGGUGGCAUGGUGGUGAAUGACUGGUGUGCCUUCUGCGGCCUGGACACCACGAGCACGGAGCUGUCUGUGAUCGAGAGCGUGUUCCGACUCAGCGAAGCCCAGCCCAGCACCAUCGCUACCACCAUGAGGGACUCUCUCAUCGACAGCCUCACAUAAAGGAGCAGCAGGCGUGCUGAGAAGUCUGUGCUGCACACCCGCACAGCGCUGUACAGGACCGGACAGCUUUUACAGGAGCUCUGUCAUCAAAUCUGCAACCAAACACAACUAACCCACUGUCUCCCUUUUUAAAUGAUUCAAACAGCACCAAACUCCAUUCUACAGGCUGAUGGGGUGGAAUGUUAUAGUAGGAAUGAUCCUGAAUGUGUUUCUGUAACCUAGAGUAAAAUCCUUUUUUUGUAUUUGUCAAAACUGUUGGCUUCCCGCUUCACUGACCCGAAUAUUGUGGCCGCGGCCUUGCUGAGGGGUUAGUAAGGAAGCAGGAGAGGACUGUCUUCUUGUCAUCUGUGGAUCGUCCCAGUGUAUCGCUUUCAUUCAAUUCUAAACUCAAUAAAGUUUUUGCUAUUCUGUGA